AUGUUCUCGCUCUCUCUCCUGAGCCGGGGACAUGGGAGGCUGGUCCAGAACAAACAGAAGUUAGAAGUCUAUUUUGAACCAGAGGAUUACUUGAACUGGAAGUCCCCAGAAGAUUAUGUCCUGCUCAGCAAACCGCAGGACGAGGGCAAUGCCAACCAGCACACGUGGAGCCUCUUCCUCCCUAAAACAUUCAGCACUAGAAAGGGCGCCCUGAUCCUGUACACAGAAGGUCUAGCCAUAUCAGCAUGGACCCCCGAAGAGAAAAGAAAAGGUCCCUACCACCCCAAAGGUCACAGAAAGAGGCUGGAUCUUGAACUGCACACCCUACAGGACCUCAAGGAAGCCAUCCUGGCAUACGGAAGGAGACAGAGGGAGCAGGACAGAGCCUGGCAACCGUACCUCCACUUCCGAAGCCAGCCAGAGGGCCAGGCCCACCAGCAGAUCCAGCCCGGGUAUUCGGCCAAGAGAUACCUCCGAGGCCUCUUGCGGACAAGGUCCCCUGACACCAUGUACAAGCUCCAAUGUGCAGGAUACAUCAAGGAUUCUGUGCUGCUCCAGGACAGUCAACUUAAUGUAUCAAAGAAUCUCAGGCCACAACAGGAUCUUUCAGGUGUACCCCCAAAAUACCAUCUCCUGCCUGUCUUCCCUCCAUUUUGGAUUCAACAAGGAAAAUCUUUUGAAGAAGGUCAGCAGGGCCCAGAUGAAGGGGAAGCUGGGGCUGGACACGUGGACCAGGGCUCUGUACCCAAGCACUACGGCAGUCGGGGGACUCACGUACCGCCACUCAGGAAGCAGCCCUGGCAGGGAGAUGAAGCCCCCGCGGAGGACACGGCCAUAGAGAAUCACCGCCGUGUACACGCUUCGAAGGCAAGCCGCAGUGAGAAAACACAGCGGACCUCCAGGGUGGCCCUUGGGCACGCCCACAUCGGGCAUUCUUGUCUCCUGGGUGACAAACCCCACAUUACGUUCCAUGGAGGCGCCUUCCCCAGCAGGAAGGCAGACCUCAGCGACAAACAAGGGAACCGGAAACUCCACAAGGGCAGAAGCAGCCACUUGUUACCGGAGCCUCCUCCUGAAAGAUGCUUUUUCCCUCCUGUAGUGCCUGCCACUGCCUCAGAAAAACACACACCUGGGGAAGUGAAGAAGAAAAAGGCAUCAAAAGCUUUGAAAUUACCGCCUAUCUCAGAAGAACCACCUAGAGCCCUGGACCCCCCGAGGAGUCAAGUUAAAGCCCCUGAGCCCCCUGCAGAGCUCUUCAUCUUCCCAGUGGAGAUUCAUUUCCACACUCAGCACCCCCCAAAAGAAACACCACACGAAAGAGGAGCUCCACACCCUGAGCCAGGAGCAGAAACCCAAGAGGCCAGGCCUUUCUGGAGGACUCCCCUGAAGCACACGUCCCCAGUGAGGCCAAGGCAGCUAACAGUGCGUCUCCCAGUGGACACCGGCAGGGACACACUCUCGCCUCAAGAUGAUGAUGCUCCACCCCACAAUGUGACCCCACCACUGUCCCUGAUUAAAGGAAGGAAGAGACCGGAGAGCCCGAGGGGCCUGGACAGCCCCAGGACAUCAGGCCACAGCACCCCCACAGGCCCCCCGGACAUGAGACGGCUCAGGGGGACACUCCCAGCAGAAGGACAAGAAGAUUCCAGAGAUGCCACAUUGGGACACUUCUUGCUGGGUCCAGAUGGAGAAAACGUCUGCCUGUCCCUCCCAGGGCCUACCCAAACCGAGGCGCUUCUGUCGGGUGGAGCCUAUGAAUGGGUCAGUUCAAAUACCAGCCAAGAAAAGGAAGGAUCUAGAAUUCAACAUCCCCUGAAAGCAAACACUGAAUCUGGAACUGAUCUUCACAUGAAUCUUAAUGAAACCUCACCACUGACCCAAAAGCCAGAGAAGCAGGGAGCCCAGCAGUCCUUGGAGGCAGCAGCUCAGAAGACAGGAGAGCCUCAAAGUUGUAUAAAUAAAGGGCUGAUAUGUUCAAACAGAAAAGAAUUUUACACGCGCAAACUGCACAUCGACAUGACGCCGUUCCUGAAGGAAAGUGGAGAGGAACUGGACCAGCAGGAAGAACCAGGAGGACCCCUCAGAGAAAAUUGUCAAGACACCCAAGACCCAGAGCUGAAGAGUAUGACCCUUGACCCUCUUAGUGCAUCCCUGGCUGAGCACAUCCAGACCCCCGAGGCAGACGCUGUCCAAAAGGCGGGCAGAGAUUAUGAUGUACACCGUCUGCACAGAGGACUUCCAGGUCAUGGCCCUGAGUCCUCAGAGAAGUUGGGUCCUGUAGAUACAUCUCUUCUUCCAAAAGAAAAAAAAUGGAAGACUGAACCAAGACUGUUUGACCAGCAGACACCAGCCAACAUCAGUCAUGAGAUGGAGUUGAUUGACAAAGCUAAGAGAAAGAAAAGAACCAAGAUGGACAAGUCCAAGGCACCCAAGGGGGAGAGAGAAGGAAAGGUUCACAGGGAAGCAGAGGCUGCUGUCGGAAAGUCAAAGGAAUCAAAGGCUGAAAAGAAACCAGAGCUAAAUGCCAAAGAAAAAAAACGAGCCAAAAGGAAAAGGACACAGAAGGAAAGGAAUCUGGAAACAGAGCUGAGUGGGCCUGAUGUCACUAACUCUGAGGAAACAGAAGACACCUCAGAGAGAGGUUUCUUUCCUUCAGUUUCCCUCGUAGAGGACCCUUGGCCUUCUCCCAAAUACAAUGCUCAGGAGAGCCGAGUUUCAGUAGAUGGAAGAUCACCACCCACCCAGACUGCAGCUGUCACUGGAAACAUGGAAUCCGAAGAAGAGAGAAGCCACAAGGCUCCCUCCAAGGCCCUCCUCGCUAAGAGGGAGCAGGAGAAAGCUUUCCGGGACAGGCUGCGAGCCGAGAGGGCCGAGAUGAGACGAUUGGAGGUGGAAAGGAAGAGAAGGGAGCAGGAGGAGCAGCGGCGGCUGCGGCUGGAGCAGCUGGAGAGAGCAGAGAAGAUGGAGGAGGAGCUGGAGCUGGAGCAGCGAAGCCGCGCAGAGGAGAUCCGCCUGCAGAAACAGAGGCUGGAAGAAGAGCGGCGGCAGCAGGAGGAGGAGGAGAGGAGGCAGCGGCUCCAGGUACAAGUGGCCCAGGAGAGAGCCCGGCAGCAGCAGGAGGAGUUCCGGAGGAAACUGCGAGAACUGCAGAGAAAGAGGCAGCAGGAGGAAGCCGAGAGGGCUGAGGCAGAGAGGCAAAGGCAGAAGGAAUUGGAAAUGCAGUUAGCAGAAGAACAACAAGGCCUGAUGGAAAUGGCUGAAGAAGAGCGGCUGGAGUACCAGUGGCGGAAACAGGAGGCAGAGGAGAAGGCUUGGCUAGAAGCAGAGGAGAGAAGGCAGAAGGAAGAGGAAGCAGCAAGGCUGGCUCAGGAGGAAGCCAGGCAAAAAGCUGCUUUGAAGAAACACCUUCAGUUCCAUCAAGAACUCCUUAAGGAAGCCAAUGGCCUGCAGUGGACACACAACAUUUCCAGACCAUGGGUCUUCUCUUACUUUCAGUUCCUACAAAUACCCAGACCUUGA